UUAACAUUUCAAUAAUUGCACCCCGCUCCAGCGCUCAGCAACUGCGCGUGCGCAGACCAGCGGACACGCAGGCGACAGCUGUUCUGUACAACUGCGCGGGUUUUUGUUUUUUUUCUCCCAUCCUUACCCCCCUACACGUGCAUUGAUGGCGGCAGUGUAAGUCUUGUGUACUGACGCAGUGACUGUCUUUCUCUCACCAAACCGGUCCCAGAAGCGAUAACAUAUUGUGUGACGGAUCUUGAGGAUACCAUCUCCUGGCAACGCUGGAAGUUUUUGAAAUACUUUUUGGUCGUUGAAACGUCUUCGACGGGGGAAAAGUUCUGGUUUGAGCGCCACGUGUUUUUCUGCUCCGUUCACUCAUCGUCCCCCGAGAAACCUCAAAGUCAUCGCUGGUCCGGUGCGGAUCGGCACGGGAGAAAAGUCAGUCUUUCUCCCAGCAGAGCUGGCAGCAUGUGGGGCUGUUCCCUUCUUUAAUGCUAGUUUCUGAAUAUUUCACCUACCCAGUUGAUCGAACUUAAUAUUUACCCAGUUCAGACAAACACAAAAUCAGUAUCUCGUCAGCGCGAGACGCCUUUGCCACCAGCAACAAGUGAAAUCGAACUGACGCGAGCUUUCGACAUCCCAGUGAACAAAGAUGACUGGACAAGGAUUCGCUACCAUAUCUUGGAAGGCGCAAUGGCUUAUCGUGGUCUGCUGUAUGUAUGCUGUACAAGCUGAGAUAGACCCAUGCACGCCGCAGCACGUGCACCUGUCUCUUGGCGAAGGCGUGAGCGAGAUGGUGGUGAUGUGGGCCACGAAUGGCACGUGCAGCAUUCACGUGGAGUUCGGCACCGCGCCCUGGAACCUUGAGGAGAGCGCCACUGGGGCCAGUGCCACCUUCACAGAACACAACACGCAGGGGCUACAGUCUCUGCACAGGGUCAAACUGAAAGAUCUGCAGCCGGCUACUACCUACUACUACCGUCCAGUCAGCCAGGGCGUCAGUGCAGGACCUUUCUACUUCAAGUCACUGCCCUUGGACAAUCAAUCGUUAACGGACGUGCUGUUCACUGGAGACCUGAGCCUGCACUCCGAAUUGAUAUCCAUUGUGCAGAAGAAGGUUUUGUCUGGUCAGUUCUCUGUUGUCCUUAGUGCUGGAACUUUUGCCUCGGACAUGAGCGCUGCCAACGGCGUGGCAGGAGAUGACUACAUGGCGGCUUUACAGCCAGCAGCAGCUCUCAUUCCUUACCUGACCGCACCUGGUGAAAAUGAUGUCGAAGGAGGACAGUACUCCCACUAUCGCCACAGAUUUGCAAUGCCAGGUGCGCCUUGGCCUAUGGAUGCGAACAACCUUUGGUACAGUUUUCAUCUCGGCCCAGUUCACUUUGUGAGCUACUCGACAGAGGUCUUUCUUGAGUCUGGAGACAGCCGAGCGAAGACACAGAAAGACUGGCUGACCAAUGACCUCACUCAGGCCAACAAAGAGCGUGACAAACGCCCUUGGAUUGUAGCUUUCGGGUAUCGACCCAUGUACUGUACGUCUCCGGAACACCACGAGUGUGCCACCAACUCCUCCCGCGUCAGAGCCGGACUGGAAGACUUGUUCUACUAUUAUGGGGUAGAUAUCGUGCUUCAGUUCCAUGAAGAUAACUACGAGCGGCUGCUGCCCACUUUGCGGGGCGUGGUCCUGGCCACCAACUACACAAACCCAAGGGCGCCCACACAGAUCGUGUAUAGCUCCUCCGGCAGCAAGGAGGCUAUCGUGGAACCCUCUGCCAACAGCACUACAACACCGCCGUGGUCAGCGCUGAGAAUAACAAACGGCACACAGCCAGCUUACGGCCAACUGCGCAUCAUCAAUGCGUCGCAUGCUCACUGGGAGUUCCGGUCAGGUACAGACGACAGCCUGCUCGAUUCUCUGUGGAUAGUGCAGGAGAAUCACGGGAAAUUCCAGCUCGAAGAUCUUCCCUCGGAUCUGGGAAAAGCCAUAGACCAUACACUGGAGGCGUCAGGAGGCAAGCCAGGACACCUCAACGUCAGGGAUCCCGAGAAAGAACACGAAGCGAGCGAGUCGUUCGCGCAAACGGACCAGACGAGGCGCCUCAUCAUCGGGGCCUCCUUCGGCGGCUUCGUCCUCUUCCUUCUCAUAAUCGUGCUGGUCGUCAAACUACGCAAGCGCACACGGAGGGUGACUCGGCGGUGGGACUCUGUGGACUUCAAGUACGGCAAGACCAAGCUGUACGCGCCUGCAAACGAUGACCUGGAUGACGACAAGGAGGAAGACAACGACUUCGAGGCGGACAUCCCAGACGGCACUUUGCAGACGGCGAAACUCAUCAACGGCAAAACGAGACGAUUUGCCAAAUGCAGAAUAGAACGAUCGUGUGCCAUGUUUACGACGCAGUUUAAUUUUCCUGUUGUGUUCUUCCUGUUCUUCGCUUAUUAUCUUAUUAGUGUUGCAGAGAACAGUUUCAGCGAAGAUGAAGCACAGUGCAUGCCUCAACAGGUGCACCUGUCUUAUGGAGACAGUUUGGACAAGAUGGUGGUAAUGUGGGCAACUCUGGGCCCUUGUAGUACCAAGCUAAAAUAUGGCUUAUCACCAUGGCUUAUGAAUCAAGAAGCUGUCGGUCAAAGUGCCACUUUCACCGAAAGCAAUUCCUUGGGUCUGCAGUAUCUUCAUCGUGUUGAGAUUGUGAAUCUACCACCAUCAUCAACAAUAUUUUAUCGCCCCAUGAGCAACAGUAUUGGGAGUGAACCCUUCUACUUUAAAACUCAACCAGAAAGUUCUGUUAAAAUGUCACCUGGAUUCCUUGUGUUUGGAGACUUAGGGGUCCAUACAGAGACCAUCCCCUCCCUUGUAGAAGAAGCCCUCAAGGGAGAAUACACAGCUCUGCUGCAUGUAGGGGAUUUUGCCUACGACAUGCAUGAAAAUGGGGGACAGGUUGGAGAUCAAUUCAUGAGAUUGAUAGAACCAGUUGCUGCUUAUCUCCCUUACAUGACAUCACCAGGAAAUCAUGAAAUCACUGGUAAUACAUUUGCACACUAUCAACACAGAUUUUCUAUGCCUGGGACAUCCUGGCCAAUCCCACUUGAUAAAAUGUGGUACAGUUUCAAUGUGGGGCCUGUACAUUUUGUAAGCUAUUCAAGUGAAGUUUUCUUUACACUAAAUGGAUCAAUGAUAACAAAUCAACACAACUGGCUUGUGGAUGACCUAACAAAGGCCAAUGAGAGACGAUCUGAACAGCCAUGGAUUAUUGCCUAUGGUCAUCGGCCCAUGUACUGUUCAACAAAAAAUAAUGAUGACUGUACAAAGAACUACUCUCUUGUGCGCGCAGGACUUGAAGAUUUGUUUUACAACUUUGGUGUGGACUUGGUUCUUCAAGCACAUGAGCAUAAUUAUGAGCGGCUAUACCCUAUGAUGAAGGGGAUUGUAUUGUCUACAGAUUAUGUCAACCCCAAGGCACCUGUACAGAUUAUUUCUGGAGCUGCAGGAAGUAAACAUGGCUUUGAAGAUUUCCAGCCACCUCCGCAGCCUGACUGGUCUGCAGUGCGCGUUGCUGGAAUGGCAUUCAACAGCUAUGGUCGUCUGCACAUCUACAAUGACAGCCAUCUGCACUGGGAGCAAUGUUCUUUUGAGAAUGGUACCAUUAUUGACUCCUUGCUGAUAGUGCAGCAUAAUCAUGGCAAAUUCCAGCUGAGUGAUCUUCCAGUCAUUGUUGGCAACCAAGUUAAAGAGAGUUUGCCAAUUACUAAGAGUAUGGUGACAGAGGUAAUACCCUCAGGUGAUGUUAAACAAGAUUCAGGGUUAGCAAGUGCAGCAAAACCACUGGCCAUUGGCAUGUCUCUUGGUAUUCUAGUCAUUAUAGCUGUAGCUGUGGUUGCAGCAUUCAAGUUAUCCCAAAAGAAAAGGCCUGCUGCACGUCGAUGGGACAUGAUGGAAUUUAAUUAUGACAAAAAGUUAUAUGCUCCAACAAAGGAAGAAGCAUAUUAUGAUGAUGAUUUUGAGUUGGACAUGGCUGAUGGAUCACUGCCUACUCGGAAAUUGCUCAGUAAUAGUGAUUAAAAAAAAAAUUCCUUGCCAUCUUCCUCUUUCAGAAUGGUUUCAUUUUAUUAUAUAAUCUGCUUCCUUGUGAUAACACAUUUUUUCUAGAGGAAUAUUUCUUUAAAAAUUUAUAUUUAUUUAUGACAUGUUUUGGUCUGGUUUAUAUCUCCACAUUCCACUUAAUAGGCAGAGCAGUUUUUAUAUAUGUUGUUUCUGCUGUUGUUUUUUUUUUAAUUAGGAAUAUGUUUUUAAUAUAAUCUCACAAAGUAGUAGAAGUGCCUUCUGUUAACCAACUGUUUAAAUAAUGAUCCCAGGUUGCUGUCAGCCAAGUAGGAAGUUGUUAGAAAAGUUAAAUCUGUGCUAACCGAAGUGCCUCCUAGUUUCAGUUUGCUAAACACACACGUGUGUGUGUGUAUGUGUGCGAGAAAGUGUCACAACAGUUCCACAUAGUUCAUUGACAGCAACCUAGAAGACUAGCACAUACUGCUAAUAACAGAAGGUGAGCUUUGAGAUUAUUUGUCAGAAAUAUAAGAACAAAUGUACAAAACAUUUAUUUUUAUUUACAUCUUUUAUGGCCACUUUUUCUUACCCAGAACUUCCUUAUGCUUUGCUGUGCAAUGUAUUUAUCUGAACACAUGAGGCCAUAAGGUUUCUGCAAAAUUAAGCUUGAUGGAGGCAUAGAACAAGCCAUGAUUUAUGUCAAGAUUUUGUGAUGACCUAGCAUGAACUGAAAAAAUCUCCUUACAAGAGAAUUUUUCCUCCAAUUUUGAAAAUUAUUAGCUGUACGUUUUUUGUUCGCUGCAGUACCUUUAAUAAUUAGGAUGCAGAUUAUCUUAUGUAAGAUCAUGUUAAAGUAUUCUUACCAAUCAUAUUGUGAAAUGUGCAUCAGAGUAACUUUUAAUUUUUUUUUUUUUAACUUGUAGUGAUCCAAGCAUGUGCUGCAAUUUUGUCAAAGAGAGGGCUAAUGUUAUACAUACCUAAAACAAAAUUUAGUGACCUAGGAAAGCAGUUCACACUGAGUGUGGAGCCCUAUUUUGCAUUUGAUGGAAUAAAUAGUGCGGACAUGCUCUUUCUGUUCUG